AUGUAUAGUCGUUUCAUUUGUAGUAAUUCUAAAUCUUCAUCCAACAUAGAAUUACUUCACAGAGAAGAAAACCUGAUCAUGCUGCUUUUUAACGACACYCAGRGAGCACUUAAUGUUAACAAAAYGGCUUCAKUGUCAACURGCGACCAGUUGGCAGUUCCUCUUCCUCAAGGAGUGAUAAUUGGGACUUUUACCUUGAUUCUUUCCAUUACUGGGACAUUUGGUAACUUCCUGAUAAUCUUUGCUAUUGUAACAACACCUCAGCUYCAACAAAGACCAUCYAAUAAYCUUCUCUUGAGUUUAGCGGUGGCCGAUUUGGUAGCAACCAUAGUUGCACAACCAUUGUUUGCCGUGUAUGUUUUACUAAAGACCGUUGCCAAUCGAUGCGUCCUUGGAGUCGAUAUGGCGUACUUAAUGGCAGCGACCCUUUCCGGUGGUAGUUCUAUCAGCCAUCUUGCAGCCAUAAGCAUCGACCGAGCGCUCGCAACGGUUAAGCCUCAUAAACACCACACCAUAAUGAAGAAGUGGUUAAAAGUGAUGUUAUCGUUGUGUUGGGGAACAGUUGCAAUUGCGAUGAUUGGAUAUUUCAGUGUGCAAAUCAUUAAGGCUGGAGAAAUAGCAGCUCUUUUGUUUAGCAUUCUUGAUGUUAUUUUUAUUUCUAUAGAUUUUGUCCUCAUGAUCGGCUCAUAUGCAAUAAUUCUAUACAGAAUCAAAUUUUCCAAUGUCCAACAAACCAUGGGAACGUCUUCCACGGCACGCGAAAGAGCUAUGGAAAAAAGAGUUUCUGGGACUAUAGCAAUCGUUAUUUUGCUUUUCGCCGCAUGCUGGUUCCCUAUCGUUGGAUAUAGGUUAUCAAAUCCCGACACUUCAGCGCAYUGUUCGUUUGAUCAMACACAUCUAUGGAUUCGYACACUUUAUUUAGCUAACUCGUCCAUGAAUUUCAUCGUUUACAGCUUGAGGAUCCGUCAGUUUCGUACUGCAUACAYAAGAAUCAUUGCCAGAAUUGUGCAGCAAUUUAGGCAAGUUGUUGGAAAAUGCAUUUACACAAUUCCUAAACAACAACAUAUGAAUGCAACUCGAAUAACUGUUGCUCCUUUAUCGAAUGAAAUGCAAGACGCAAAUGAAACAAUUCAAACUAGUGCAACAUGAACUCACUCAGACAUCCUCAGAUACUGAAAAAAAAGCAAUUCCGUGAAGUUUCUAGUCUAAAAAAAUAUGUAAUAUUAUAAGAAUAAAAUCAGUCAGAUCCGUUCAUCUCACUUACAUCAGGAGAAUGUAGGCAGGUUAAUUUCUUGGAACAAGAGCGCACAAWGUUCCGACAAACGAAACGUUAGCUUGAUGCGCYCUCGGUCAUUAUUGACAACAUGAUCUGCAAUGCUGCAACCGUUGCAAUUAAAAAUUCUCUCGAAGGAACUAAAUAUUAUCAAAUGCAAUCAAAUAUACAAAAAGAGAUUGAAAGAAAAGAAUGAAACUUUGAAUACCUAUAAUUGUAUCUUUUCACGUGAYCAAAUUGUGUUGCGAAUUUUUUCUCACCACAAUUUUAUUUUCGCCAAUGUUAAAACGAAAUGUACGCCUUCAACUUUUGUCUUAACAUUUGAUAGAUCAAUGUUCUUAAGAUCAAUUCCUAAAAUAAACUCAAAAACAUUAAUGUAAACACACUAUUUAAACCUCAUCACAAAMRAAGUGAAAAAAACAAUUUCUGUUUUGGYUAGACUUUGUCCUUUUAAAAUGAAUUCUAAAACGAACUUUUUUCAAAAARCAACCAAAAGUGUCCCAAACAAAGGUUUAAUUGAGAGCAGCGUCCAAUUUUACAGAAAACAAACAGUUUCUCAAUAUGCGACAUUUUAGGCAGAUGAAUAUAAAAUUGACUUGACGAURUUUGCUUUUUGCCUUAGAUCUUUUCAGCCUUGUUCUCAAACCAAAUUAAAGUCGUCGCAARCRUUUCCURCAUAGAUAUAAUGUGCGRGUGGUAAAGUYAAYUAUUUG